CAAACUUGUUUACAAAACAUAUGAGAAUCUUGGGCUGAACAAGUCUACAAAAAAACAUAAAUGACUGUUUGCAGACAAAUAUGGAUGUUAUUCAGGAAGAUGUAAUUAUUGAAGUGUCUCCGAAUGAAUAUCGGACAUUGAUUUCUGUUGCAAAAUCCACGCAUCGGGCACUGAAUGCUGAGAAAGAAUCGUUAAUGAAAUGUAUUCAAGACGACACUAAGACUACUCUAAGAUGCUCGAAAACCAAAAUAAAUGGCACAAUCAAAAGAUCGGUUGAAAUCAGAGGAUCAACGCAGAGUAAUGUUGAUGCAGCUCGUCAGCGAAUCAAAACGAUCGGUGGUGGAAAUGAUAACUCUCAGCCCACUCACUUUACAUGCAUCAGAAUCACUGAUAAUUCAAUCAAAUUGAAUUAUUCGAAAUUCAAGGAGGAAAUAUCAAAAUUCGAUAAAACGACAGAAACACACAAACGGUCGUUUAUGAAGCCAGAAAAAUUGCACAUCACAUUUGGUGUAAUGAGACUCAACGAUGAUGAAAGCCGUUCAAAAGCUCAACAUAUUUUGACUGACUGUGUUGAAAAGAUGAUAAGGCCAAUCAAAGACAAAUAUGGAAAAGUCGAGUUCACGGCACAAGGUCUUGAAUUGAUGAAAGGAAAGCCUACUAAAGCCAAAGUAGUUUACGCACAGAUCGAAUCGGAAUCUCUGCAGCAAAUCGCCAAUGCCAUCACGAAAUCCUUCGUUGAAUCAGGGCUUGGAAAACGUGAAAGUAAUGAAGAUGCUGUGAAACUCCAUAUGACUGUGAUGAACGUGAAGUAUGUGCGACCAAAGAGGGUAAAUUCAUUUGAUGCGGCACACAUUUUCGACCAAUUCAAAGACUUCAAUUUCGGUCAUCAAAUUGUAGAACAAAUUUUGCUGGUGGAUAUGAAAGAAAGAGAUGCAGACGGUUUCUACAAAUGCGUAGCAAGCGUAGAUUUGUGAAUUCUGCAAAUUCAGUAUCACUUGAAGCUAAGACACCAUAGCCUUAUGUCAUGUUAAAAGAGUGCGGAUCUGGGAAACUGAUAAUGCGAUUAUUGAUCAUGCUCCCCCAACGCCAUCACAAUAACAAAUACGAAUUUAC